AUGACCCAACCGCAGAAAACGAUAGCCGUGGUGAAUGCGGCUGGGCGACAAGCGGCCUCGCUCAUCCGGGUCGCCUCCGCUGUCGGAUAUGCGGUGCGCGCGCAAAUCCAUUCUCUCAAAGGCCUGAUCGCCGAAGAGCUCCAGAAUCUGCCCAAUGUUACCCUCUUGCAGGGUCCCCUCCUCGAUAACCCCGCGCUCAUGGACACCCUCUUCCAAGGCGCCCACUAUGCGUUUAUCAACACCGUCUCGCAGGCCGGGGACGAGGUCGCCAUCGGCCGCGCCCUCGCCGACGCCGCCAAACGCGCCGGCUCCAUCACCCACUAUAUUUACAGCAGCAUGCCCGAUCACUCCGUCCACGGGCCCUGGCCGGCGGUUCCGCAAUGGGCGCCCAAAUUCACCGUCGAGAAUUACGUGCGGCAGCUGGGUCUGCCCGCGACGUUUGUCUAUGCGGGGAUCUACAACAACAAUUUCACCAGUCUCCCGUAUCCGCUGUUCCAGAUGGAGUUGAUGCCGGAUGGCAGUUUUGAAUGGCACGCUCCCUUUGACCCGGAGACGCCACUUCCCUGGCUGGACGCCGAGCACGAUGUCGGACCGACCCUGUUGCAGAUCUUCAAGGAUGGUCCGAAGAAGUGGCAUGGACAUCGUAUCGCUCUGACCUUCGAGACUCUCUCGCCCAAUCAAGUUUGUGCUGCGUUUUCCCGCGCUCUCAAUCGACCCUGCCGCUACGUGCGCGUGCCCAAAAUCGAGAUCAAAGUCAAGAUUCCCCCCGGAUACCGAGAACAAGUUCUCGCAGCCGCCGCGGGAUCACCCAAGGGCAUCGGUCCCGCGGGGGGCAAGGGCGCUGGUGCAGGAAUGAUGCAGGGACCAGGCGGCGUGGUUUCCUUGCGAGUCACAGACGAGGCGCGACAUCUAUGGCAGGGCUGGCGCGAUAUGGAAGAGUAUGCGCGAGAGGUGUUUCCAGUCGAGGAGGAGGCGAACGGGCUCGACUGGAUGCUUUGA